AUGUCCUUGGUAUCAGCGUUGCAGAUCCCGUACAGGGAAGCCCGGGAUGGAUUCUGGGGGGACCAGACAUCAACCCUGAAUUGGUGCGAAGAGGAUUACAACAUCAGCUUCUACUGCGCCGAGGUCGUCAACACGGUCACCAACUUGGUGUUUAUCUGGCUCGGGGCCAAAGGUCUGCGGAAUGUGCUCGCCUAUGCCCACUCGAGGGUCUUUGUGCUCGCGUUCCUGGGUUACGUCGUAGUUGGCCUGGGGUCCAUGGCCUUCCAUACCACGCUGAAAUAUGAGAUGCAGCUCGCCGAUGAGCUGCCCAUGAUAUACACGGUGUGCAUCAUGGGGUUUGCCACGUUCUCGUACAGGCGGCCGGCAAAGGUGCAGGCCCUGAUUGCGGCGGGGAUGAUUGGGCUGGCUGUUUUCAUCACGGUCUACUACCUCGUUGCCAAAGAUCCAGUCUUCCAUCAAGUUGCCUACGGCAUUCUCACUGCGACAACCAUAUUCCGCGGCUUUUACGUCAUGGAACGACACCUGCGGCCGAAGCUGAGCCAACGAAACCCGGCCGAGUGUGGUCGCUACAUGCGCGGCAUGUAUACACUGUCGCUGACUGGCAUCCUCAUGUUCUUGGCCGGCUUCUUGCUCUGGAACAUGGACAACAUCUACUGCCAUAACCUGACGGCCACUAAGAAGCAGAUCAUGCUUCCGUGGUCGGUGAUACUCGAGGGCCAUGGAUGGUGGCAUAUCCUGACCGGUUUAGGCGCAUAUCACAUGAUUGUUUGGAGGGUGUGGUUGAACCGCUGCUUGGACGGCAGCGAAACGGAGUUUAUGUUGGACUGGGUGCCUUUGCGGUCCGUCCCACAGGUCGUGCCCAGACCCGGCGCCUUUGUGAAUGGGAACGGCCACCAGAAGAUCCAGUAACCCGGUUCUGUUGCCUGUUUUUGAGACUGCCACAACCGGGCUUGGGUACAAUCGGGCAUCAAGGUGGUGAUACCAUACGUUGUGGCAGUGUGAUAGAGGAGUAAAAUCCCGUAGAGAAUAGACUUGGAUAGGUACCUUGUAUAUAAA